AUGGCUAGAGAUAAGGAAGUACUAAAUGUGAUUAACCUGAACACGCCAAUAACAAGGAAUACGUGCAGGGCGGUUCUAAACGGAAGUCUGAAGCAAGAUAAUGGAGCUGAAAUAACUGGAAAUAACGUUUUAAAGUUCUCAGAAAGGGCGAACUUUAAUCUAGCUGAUGAUAUACGACAAGUUUAUGAUUUUUGCCGUAAUUUUGAUCUAGAUUUGUUGGAUCAAAUACAUAUGACAAUUAAGGAUGUAUACAAGGAAUUAAAAAAACGUCACAAAUUGGAACAUAUUAAAGAUUUGACAAAGCAACAUAUGUUUAUUAUUAUCAAAAUUUUGGAUUCAGGGAAACCGUCACUUGCUUCUAGAGAAAUACAAUGCUUAUACAAUGAGACAAAUUAUGAACAAGUGGACAAUUUAGCAGAUAUACUAUUUGCAGAUUUCACAAUAAGUAACAAGUGGUAUUUAUCAAACUUAAAAAUAUUGGUAAUGCAAUUGAUUUUAAAAUUGAAGCAGAUUGAGAACUUUAGAUCUCUGUUGGUAGAAUUGUUUGCGAGGGAUGAACGAUAUUUAUUAUAUGAUAAAAAGAUUAAAAUCCAUACUAUAGCGAAGUUACUGUUGAACUUCUUUUCGUUACUUCCGAAUUACAAAAUUUUAUUUGCUUUAAAGUUUCUACAGUACGUUGGACAGUUUAAUCUUGAGUUUUCUAUCUAUAUUAAAAAUAUGGAUUUAGGUAAGUUCCAAGCACAGAUUAUAAAAAUGGCGAGAUCUAACACAGAGAAUAAUAUGCCAUAUAUUGAAGUAUACUACCGGAGCUACUCUAAAUAUAUGACUAGUGUGGAUAAAAUAAUGUUGCAGGAUAUUAUAACUGGAGAACGUGCUCAACCAGAUGUUGAUUACGAAGACCAUAUAAAACUUCAAGAAUUAACACGGGACAAUAUUUCAAUUAAAGACGAGACAUUGAAUAGGUUAACGAAAAAGAUAUCCUCCAAUCUAUUGAAGGCAUUUCGUGCUCCACAGGGAUAUCCAACAGCACUGGAAAUUUUUAUCAAUUGUUGUAAUCUAAAAUAUGCAAAAAUACAGAAACAUCAUGUAAUACUUCUGGACAAAAUUGUGGUAGUUAUAAACUCUAACUUGACCAAAUUACCACUCGACAGAGUUUACCCAAUUUUAACUGCCCUAGCAGAAUAUUUUAUUAAUAUCAAAGAAUACAAGAGGCUCAAUAACAUUGUUAGCCUUUCAUUUAACGCCUAUUUGACAACGAAGACUGAAAAAUUCAUUAAACUUGCUGCAAGGUUGGAGCUAUUCCUAUUUAUGUCGGUUAAUCAGGAUCGAUCGAUGUUCAACACCUUCGCUAAAUUCAUAUCUAACACUAGUGGUGAACUUGCGCUAUCUCUUUUUAAACAAUGUUUCAAUGUACACAUAAUGUUUGCAGAUACAACUUUGGCCGGAUUGUGGGACAUUUGUUUGGUGCGUUCGGUAAAAUGCUUUAAAAAACUACGGCUCACAAACUUCAUUGAAUUCUCAAAUGCAUCUGAACCAAUGCUGGUUUUAUUGUAUAGUGGUUUCCCAUUAAAUUAUCACAAAAUACCAUAUACACAAUGGUCCCCGUUGUCCAAGAUGUUAUUUGUGACAGUCAAUGGUGUAGAAAAAUUUGAUUCCGUGGAUGUCAACUGUAAAAUAAAAAGUCUGGAUACAUUGGCAGGCGACGAAGUCUUAAUAAAAUCUACAUAUAGGUUAAAUUUGGAAAUGCAAUCGCACAGUGUUUUAAAUUUGUCGAACAUUAUCCAUCUUUAUAUCAGUAGAUGGGCCAGUACGAUUUCAAAAGAUGCUUGUAUAUCUGGUUUUGAGAUAACUUUCGUUAGAGCACUAAUUCAGUAUUUGAAGUUCAACAAAUUCUACAAGAAAAUAAUUGAGUUGGGCCAGUUGGUGAAAUCCAAAAGCGAAUAUUAUAAACCGUUUGAAAAUGAUGUAAAGAUAUGGUUAUUAGAAGCUUACUCGGCUUUAAGAAUGGUAGAGGCUACGAACCUGCAGACCGAGAGCGUUUUGAAGAUGUAUAACCCUAAAACAAUAUACGACGGCAGUUUCACUGAGCUCUGUGAGUAUCUGUAUGCCAGAUUGCUAGUAAUUUCUUGGCAGAAAAAUUACCAUGAGUUUAAUACACUAAUUAAUGACCUCAAAUCUAAUAGACCAGAGUUGUUUGACAUUAACAAUACUUCUAUGCUUCCUGUUGCUCAAUUUUUAAAGGUGCUACUCCUUAUUACUAGAAUAGAAAAAACUGCUUCAGACUUGCAAUUUUAUACCAAUAACAUGGUUGAGUCACUAAUAGAAGCAAAAAGGGCUUUAAAGCUUUGUCAGUCAUUAAUAAAAAAGCAAGAGAAGUUAUCUAAUUUUAACCGUCUUGAAGUGGUAUCCAUAUUAGAAGGACUUUUUAGUCAAGUCAUCAAUAUUUAUAUUCAUGUUGGUAUUUCUAAAGACUGCGAAUUUUACGUGAAGGAGUAUCUUAAUGUUAUCGGCAAUCUCAAGGAUUCUACACCAGUUUUCGAUUGUUUAUGUUUUGUGCAUGAUUACUAUAAAAUAACUGAUCAGAUUUCUUUAAGAAUAUCGUCACUGGAAGAGUUAAAUAAAACUUUCGACAAGCUAGACGCUAGUGAAAAUAUUGAUGCUUUAACGAAAUUCAUGUACUACAAUUAUGAGAUUGAAAAACUUACCAGUUCUUUGGAGUUAUUUUUCAGUGGAGAUUUACACGAUACCUUAUUAGUUGAUCAAUGGAAAUUACGUUUAGGAAUAGUGAUAGAUGACACUCGAGGGCUGUCGAAUUUUAAGGCUUUGAAUGAUGUUAAUAAAAGCAAAGAAUUAUAUGCAAGAAUACUGAAACAAAUGGAUACUGACCCAUUUUUUAGGAACAUGGGGGAGACCGUAAUUGCAAUUCCAUCUUGCUCAGAUCCUUUAACUCAAGAAAUUAGACCGAGUACACUUUCCAAGUUUCCUGUACCGUUAGGUUCACCAGCCAGUUCUCCAAGGCCAUCAACUUUAACUCCAAGAGGAAGGUCAACGAAACCGAAAUUCGAUAGAGCAAGCGCAGUUAACACACUCCAAAUGAUAAAGCGUUUGGUUGAAACUUUAACCUUGGAUGGCAUGAAAAACCAUCAGAUAUCAAAUGUAUCAGACCUAUUUUCACUAUGUUUAUCCUUACUUUCCAAUAUUUCCUCAAAAUGUAAUUUGAAGACGUCAUUAAUAGAACGUAAUACAUUAUGUGAGCUUCCGAGAUAUAUGCCAAUGUACUACGACAAAAUAUUCUCCACAGUUGGCAAUGAAAUAUAUGACACUUUUCAGCCUAAUAAAAUAGGAGGGUCUCAAACACCAUUGGAAUUAACAAAAGGUGAGUAUAAUGGGAUUCAAAACAAUUUUAAGAAUUGGGAACAGAACUUUAACAUUAUAUCGAUUAAAAUUUGCGAUUACACUGGUAACUUAUUAUUAUCUAAAGUUGACACAAUUUCGAAUAAGAAUGUCAACUUAAGGCUACCUUUGAAUAGACAUCAAUCUAGAGAUUUAUCUCAAGACACAAUAUCUUAUGCAUCUUUGAUGGAAGAGCUAAAUGAUAUUGUAAAUAAAAGCAAUGAGACAGCAAGUGCGGAAGUAACGAGUAAAAUAAAGACUAAGGAAGAGAGAAGAGAAUGGUGGCAAAAAAGAUACAAUCUAGACAGAAGAAUGCAUGAUUUGUUGAAACGUAUAGAAGAUUCAUGGAUAUGUGGAUUUCGAGGGUUCUUUGAAAAUGAUUUAAUAGAACCCGAACUAUUUGAGAGCUUCAAAGCUGGAUUGAGAGAUAUAUUGCAACAGAAUCUUCCUACUAGGAAACAAUUUGGCAACCAUUCAAUGUUUUUGCAAUUUGACGAGUUUAUAUAUGGAAUGUUUUUGAAGUUGGAUAUACGAAGUUUUCCCUAUGAACAAUCGGUCGAUAUGUUGGACGAUUUGAUUUAUUUCGUGUUUGAUACCCUACUAUUCCAUGGUGAAGAGAAUGCUUAUGAUGAGAUUGAUACACAUGUAAUACAAGUUCAGCUGGAGGAGCUAAUUAACGAAUAUCGGGCUAAAAUUGUUUCUACUCAGUCGAAGAUCCAACACACAUUCUUGUUAAUUGACAGCGGUUGUCAUUUGGUCCCAUGGGAAUCCCUAUCUUUUUUCCGAGGAACUUCAGUUAGCAGAAUACCGUCCAUAAAAUACUUGACCGACUUGUUAACUACUUUUAAUGGUGCGGUGAGCCCCGAAAUAGAAUUAGACUCGUCCCUUGGUGUUGUGAUAAAUCCGCAGGGUGAUUUAAACAAGACUGAACAGCGGUUUACUGGUCUGUUCUCAGAAUUAUGUCAUAAACUACCAGAUUCACAGCUAAUAAUUGGUUCUAAACCUGACGAAAACACAUUUCUUGAUAUCGUCACUAAAUCCUCUUCGUUCAUAUACAUUGGUCAUGGCGGAGGCGAGCAAUUCAUAAGAUCUAAGACUUUGAAACUCCAAAAUAAACUAGCGCCUAGCUUUCUUCUAGGAUGUUCUUCUGCAUAUAUGAAACACUACGGUAAAUUAGAGCCUACCAGUACACUGUUUUCCUACCUUUUAGGAGGGUGCCCAAUGGUGGUUGGUAAUUUAUGGGAUGUCACUGACAAAGAUAUUGACGCAUUUAGUGAGUCAAUGUUUAAGAUGCUGGGCUUCUUUCCCGGGGAAAGCGGAAAUCUAGAACAGAAAAACGUCUCUGAAGCCAUUUCUCAAUCCCGUGACAUUUGCCAUUUGAAGUAUCUCAAUGGCGCAGCCCCAGUUGUUUACGGAUUACCGUUAAAGUACCAUGUAGCAUUUAAUUAA